UUCGCACUUUCAAAAAGACAUUAGCAAUACAAAAAACUCUUAUCACCAAAAGAAUGGAAUUAUUCCAAUUAUUCAUAAUUAUACCAAUAAUUUGUCUCCAAGCUCUCCGGUUAUUUCUAAUCUAAUCCUCAAAAACUCUUGUCAACCCGUUAUCAAUGGCUCAUCUAUAUUUCGAAGCUUAUCUACUAAAUCAAAAUAUAUUGAUAUGAUACCACCACCUAAUAAACGCAUGAAGGAUUUGAUAGCUUUAGGAGGGGCUAUAUUAACCUUUUUUUUUGUUAAUCCGAUUUUGCAUUUUGUGAUAAGUGGAGCUCUUGGUUUUGGGGUUUAUAAAUUAGUAAAAAGGACUUUGAAUCGUAUUUGGCCACCCAGACAAAUAUUAUAUUCUCCAACGAUAUCGAUGAACGAACAUGAGCAGUUAAGUCAAGUGGAAAAAACAUUUUGGAGGCAUAUAUUUCCCUUUGUUCGUGGAACAACUAACGGAAUAAAAAGUUCAAAAGAAGAAAUUGAUGACAUAUAUUCGUUUUCAAUUAAAAAGGUUCAAGCAGCAUACAACAAUAACAGAGAUAUUAGAUUUUUAUUUGGAGGAUACAGCGAUUCUUCAAUGAUUAAAUUUACAAAACCUCGAUCUGUUAUUUCAGAAACUAUAGCAAUUUCGGAUUCUCAUGGAAAUUAUCAAAAAAUUCAUGGUGUCACAAUUGAAUAUAUUGCAACUGGAAUGAGUGGUGAAAGUGCAUUUGUCAAAGCUACAGGAUAUUCGAAUAAGAAUAAUGAUGUGGUAUUUAAGGAAAUUCAAUUACUUUUGCCACAUACUGGUCAAACAAUUAAUAUUCCUUUACAAGAUACUACUAACGAUUUCGAAUAUAAUAAGUAUGGGCCAAAUGUUAUGGAAGCUGAAUAUCGUGAUAUUAAAGAAUAA